CUAUCUCAUCGGAGCAGUCCGCCUGUGGGCUCCCUUCAACAAAAUCUGGUGAUAAUCUCUCUGGCAUGUUGACUGUGGGCAGCAGCAGGUGCGAGUUUCAUAUUGUUCCACAAGUGCUCUAGCCUCAAUUUGUGAAUAGAGUUUGUGGUUUAUUGACUCUAUUUAAACCACACGCAGCCUCAUCUCUGUGCGCCUCUCCGCGCAUGGUCCCGCCUCUCCACGGUGCGUAAAGGACCAGAUGCGCCUUUUAGGACUGCGUUCAGCUCAAGUGGUGUCGGAGCGCAAGAGGAUGCUGGAAGCGCACAUGGGCUGCUCAAUGUAUACAGGUCCAUCCUUCCCCAAAGGAUGACAGCGGGCAGUUGUGGUUCUGUAGAGGGCUCGCAAACAACGGUGGCAGAGAUGCUGAGCUCCAACGUCUCCAAGACAUUGCGCGAAGACAAUGUCACCAAGAACUCCAGCUGUGGAUCUGUAUCAGUCGGAUUCCCGAUAACCAUGAUGAUCACCGGCAUGGUGGGCAACUCUCUGGCGCUCAUUUUGGUGUAUAUCUCUUACAUGAAGAAGGAGAAUAAAAGGAAAAGGUCGUUCUUGCUUUGCAUCGGGUCACUGGCGUUGACGGACCUGUUUGGACAGCUCCUGACGAGUCCCAUCGUGAUAUCGGUGUACAGAGCCGACCUGAACUGGGAGCGCAUCGACUCGUCGGGCAAACUGUGCGCCUUUUUCGGCGUGUGCAUGACGACGUUUGGCCUGUGCGCGCUCUUCUUGGCCAGUGCCAUGGCGAUUGAAAGGGCCACGGCGAUAACCAUCCCGCACUGGUACUCCAGCCACAUGAAGACGAGUGUGACGAAGCAGACGCUGGCCGCCAUAUGGUUCCUGGUGCUGCUCUUCGCGCUGCUGCCCGUCGCGGGGGUCGGCAAGUACACGCGCCAGUGGCCGGGCACCUGGUGCUUCAUCAGCACGGGGGACAGAGAAGUGCCGGGCAACAUGUUUUUCUCCAUCACUUUCGCCGUACUUGGGAUUUUCUCUCUGCUCGUGACACUCUCCUGCAACGUGGUGACGAUCCGCGGCUUGAUAAUCCGGUGUAAGACAAAGUCCGCCGCGUCUCAGUCUUCGAAACAGUGGGAGCGACUGACCACGGAGACCGUCAUCCAACUGUUGGGCAUUAUGUGCGUCUUGCUCGUUUGCUGGUCUCCCUUGCUGGUGCUGAUGCUGAGGAUGAUCUCCACCCAGGUAUCCUCCCAUGAGUGCAAUUCAACCGCAGGGAUGUCCGGUAACUCCUCCAGCCGGGAUCUCCACUUAGACUGCAAUUUCUUCCUGACGGCGAUCCGCCUGGCCUCGCUCAACCAGAUCCUUGACCCGUGGGUCUAUCUGCUCCUCCGGGAGAUCCUCCUCCGCAAGUUCUGCAUCAUGGCCAACGCCGUGUCCAACUGCUCCUUGGACGAUCACAAGGGGAAUCAGAAUGCACUGGAUGCUCUGAACAAGCAGAGCCAAGACAGCAAUAACCUCCACAAAACACAAAGUGGCUGAGGUGACCUUUGAGAUGUUGAGGCCAGAACAGAUUGGAUGGACGUGAAAAUGGACGCAGUAUUGUCCUGGAUGUGUUGGGGGAAAAGAAAAAUAGGAAUUGGAUUCUCUUCUGCGCAUUAGAGGACACGAGUAGUCUUUGUUGCAGUGUUAAUGAGAACCAGGCUGCUCGGCUCUGGGUGCUUUGGUUUUGCUUGAAACAAAUUCCAUUCAAAGUCACCUAACCAGCAUGUGGACGCAUGACCGUGUCACUUCUUGCAUUUGGCUACAGAGUGGCUGCCAGGAAGUCUCUCAUUGCUAGUUUUCUGUUUUUGAUAACAUCUCGCAGGGUCAGCCAUUGAAUGUGUGACUCUGAACUGAUUCAUAUGGAAGUGGUGCAUCUCAUACUCUGUGAUCCGAGUCACUGCUUAAAGCCAUAGGCCAAUUUAAGGACAAUGGGUUUUUGUGAAGUUUGUAAAUUAAAAGAAAAGAAAGUGAAAGUGUAGAUUGCAUGGAUUAAGUUGUAAAUACCUUUUUGUCAUAUCUUACAUGCAAUCUAAUUGCUUUUGUUUAAAAAGAAUCACUGGUCAUUCAGAGGAAAAGUGCAAACCCUCAAUUGGAGCCAACUGAUGAUGGUAAGGAUAUUUAUUGGAAUGUUGUUGUGAUACAAAGUCAGUUGUUUCUGAGCAAAAUGCUGAUGAUGGUACCUGUUGGGAGUCGCUUGUUGUAAACUUUUAUAAUACACUGUACACAGUGUUACUUGGCAACCAGCCUGGAAAUGUGAAGCUCUUAGUUUGUCGCCGCUGUGUAUUAGAAGCAUUUCAGGAUGUGUAAUGUGUAGUGACAAGGGGGCCGGAUUUCAGCAGCCAAACCGUUUUGGAGAAGAAAGAAGAAAAAAGAAGAUAAUUGGUCCAGUCUUAUGACCAGUCAAAUUAAUAUAAGUAGAGAGAGGGCUGCACUUUGGAUGAAAUGCUGUCUAAAACAAAAUGAAUAAUGGAAUACUGAAGGCCAUGUCCAGACUGUCCAAAACAAAAACAACACAAAAUGGAAAGGAUUCAAAAGCUUUUUGGGGAUGUUUUGAAGCUACUGCAACUGCAGGUUGUGGUUUCCUCACAACAAUGUAUUGUGGUCACACUGAAAUAUUUCUGCCAGGAUACAGGGUUGUAGCUGCAGCUACAGUAUAUCGAAACCAGCCAUGUUAAGUCAUCUCAUGCUUUUAAUUUUUAGGGUGAUUGCAUUGGACAUUUUGUAUGUGUCCUUAGGUGUUCCAUAAUUUUACAUUUCCAUUUCUGAUGCUGAAGGUUAAUUUCCUUUCGUGUCUACAGUGCAAUUUCUCAGAGGUCUCAGAUGAAAUCAUGGCACUUUUUAAUGAGGUGGUUUGCUCCCAGCAGACAUAAUGUAAUUGACAAAGAGCACUGGUAUCUAUUCCUUUUUACGGGGGCAUGAAUAUGAUCUAUUUUUGUUGUUGCUACUGUGUCUUGCAUUGCACCACCUCAUUGGUGUAUAUACUAUAAGUGUAUUCAUAAAGGUUGGUCAAGGAUACCUCGAGUAGGGACACAUUUGCUGUCAUGGAAACCAUCGGGCUAUGGGACAAUUUUAUUUCUUCAUUACCAAGCAACAACUCUUCCUUCUCAGCAAAGCAGCCAACCACAUUAGACAAUGUACACUGGCCUCGCCUGGUCUUUGCCUUUCAAAUGUGAGAAUACACACACGUGCUCGGUGAUGACGA